AUGAGCGGAGAUGACCAGCCCACGAAGCGUGUGACCUUCCAGGGGACUGCGCAGGACAUCUUCGCCGCUAAGAGCUUGCAGCCCACCGUGAAGAAGUUCUGGGCCACGCUGUACCCGUUGUACAAGAUGCAGCCAAACAUGUCCUUCCAGAAGCGCAAUGUCAUGGACGCGAUGCAGGAGAUCUUGAAUACACAGCGUUCCAAAUGGCCUUCAGAUCUCAACGCGGAGCACGAGAAGCAGUGGGUCGAGUUGCACGCCCAGCGCCUGCGUUCCAUGUGCAUGGAGUUCGGCCAACGGCUUUCGAAAGAAGUGAAAUGGGCCCGUGACCUUGUUGAUCGCGACGACCCCGGCGCAGGACACGGGGAUUCUCACGGUGGCGAUGGCGAAGACGACGAACACGGAGACGCCGACCAGGAGCAGCAAUCAGACGAGGACGAUCCCGAGGGGAAGGAGGGGGAGGAGGAGGAGAACGCUGAGGACGCACCUGACGACUCGUAUGAGGAAGAGAAUGCGGCCUUCAAGAAGAAGCAGGAUUCGGAGGACUCCCAGCUCCCCCUUGGCGGAUCGCCUCGGCGCAACUUCUUCUACGGCUACUGCCCCGAGGUGAAGAAGGCGUGGAGGGCCGACGCGAAGAAGCCCCUGAAGAAAACGUUCACCGAGCUGUUCGAGAAAGGCGAUAUGGACCCCACCGAGUCCCCGUUCGCGCAGCGGGGCAAGGGAGCCGUCAGGAUCCACGGCAUCACAGUGGCAGAGCUGCGCGAGAUGAAGAAGAUCGACGUAGAGAAGAAGAAGGGAGGGAAAUUGUGGACUGGCAGCGGCGACAACGGCAGGGACAUCAGCGUGAUGAAGACUAUGGAGGCUGGAACUGUCAUGUACUUAAUAUUCCGCACCGACGCUAACAAGAAGGAUGGGAAGGAGCAGAUCUUGCAGAUCUCGUCCAAGAAGCUCGUGGACGUUCUCGGCGCAGAGGUUGGCAUCGCGAAGACGCUCAGCGUCGCGACGGACCUGGCGGGCAGCAUCAUGAAGGGCGAGAUCCAGGACACGAGAGGAGCUCGUUCUCUUGCACGCGACAGCGCGCUCGAGGCGGAGAUCGGGAAAUAUGGAGAUGCUGGCCCGAGCGCGGGGACUCCCGCGAUGAAGAGGCCUGCGGCUGCGCCUUCGGACUCGUCGGCGCUGAAGCUGCGCAAGACGGCGGCGGAGGUGCGCCAGGGCAAGGGCGACGACGACCUCGACAAGGGCACCGCGGCGGCCAGCGGCUCGGGCGGUGUCGGUGGCAACUUCAACUUCGGCGGCUGGAUUUCGGACGAUGCCGACGGUGACCAAUGCGACCUUUGA